AUGGAGAGCUCGCGUUGGCGCGCCCCGCUGGCGUGCUGCCGUCCCCGCGCCCUGGUCUUGCAUGCGCUCUUCUGGGCUCUCGUGGCGCUCAGGGUGUUUGGUGCCGCCCUGCUGGCCGAAGACAAACUAGCAGCGGUCAGAGCCGCCGUGUCUCCCUGUUGGCUGCUGGAGGACUUUGUGGUGACGGGCGAGUGUUCGCAGUGCGACGCCUUUCAGACGAAGACUCAGCCGGCGUGCGGCCAAACGGGCUACGUGGAGAAAAUCAACUGCACCAAGUCCAACCGGGACGAGUACAAAAGUUGUCGCUCGGCCGUCACGGAAGAACGUCGCUUCUGGAAGUUCGAGGCGGCCGCGUUGUCGGCGACGGCUCUGUCGGCCGUCCUGGUGGUCCUGCGGCAGCGCCGGCUCGACCGGCUGGCCUCUGAGAAAGUUCGCCGGCAGAUAGAGUCCAUCUAG